AUGUCCCCCGGUCGGUCCCGUGGGGGCCCCGGGCCCCGGGGCCUGCUGCUGCUCUGCGUGGCCCUGCUGCCCCCGUCCCCCCAGGGCCUCCCCGUGACGGGGUACAGCGCCGAGGCCAAGAGGGGGGUGGCGGUGGAGGGGGAGCUGAUGAUCGGGGGGCUGUUCCCCGUGCACCAGAAGGGCGACGGCGCCGAGGACUGCGGCAAGAUCAACGCCCAGAGGGGCAUCCAGCGGCUGGAGGCCAUGCUGCUGGCCCUGGACCACAUCAACCACGACCCCCUGCUGCUGCCCGGCCUCCGCCUGGGCGCCCACAUCCUGGACACCUGCUCCAAGGACACCUACGCCCUGGAGCAGUCGCUGGAGUUCGUGCGGGCGUCGCUCACCAAGGUGGACGACAGUGAGUACACCUGCCCCGACGGCUCCUACGCCGUCCACGACGACCCGCCCCUCGCCAUCUCCGGGGUCAUCGGGGGCUCCUACAGCGACGUCUCCAUCCAGGUGGCCAACCUCCUCCGGCUCUUCCAGAUCCCCCAGAUCAGCUACGCCUCCACCAGCGCCAAGCUCAGCGACAAGUCUCGCUACGACUACUUUGCCCGCACCGUGCCCCCCGACUUCUACCAGGCCAAGGCCAUGGCGGAGAUCCUGCGCUACUUCAACUGGACCUACGUGUCCACCGUGGCGUCGGAGGGCGACUACGGCGAGACGGGCAUCGACGCCUUCCAGCAGGAGGCGCGCGCCCGCCAAAUCUGCAUCGCCACCUCGGCCAAGGUGAGCCGCUCGAUGAGCCGCUGGAGCUACGAGAACGUGAUCCGCUCGCUGCAGCUCAAGUCCAACGCCAAGGUGGUGAUCCUGUUCACGCGCAGCGAGGACGCCCGCGAGCUGCUGGUGGCCGCCAACCGCAUGAACGUGUCCUUCACCUGGGUGGCCAGCGACGGCUGGGGCGCGCAGGAGAGCGUGGUGCGCGGCAGCGAGGCGGUGGCCGACGGCGCCUUCACCAUCGAGCUGGCCUCCUACCCCAUCCCCCGCUUCAACGACUACUUCACCAGCCUGCACCCCUACAACAACACCCGGAACCCCUGGUUCAGGGAGUUCUGGGAGAACCAGUUCCAGUGCAGCCUCCACGACCUGGGCUGCGGGAAACACUCGCUGAAGGACGUGCCCUUUGAGCCCGAGUCCAAGAUCAUGUUCGUGGUGAACGCCGUGUUCGCCAUGGCGACCGCCCUGCACAACAUGAGGCAGGCCCUGUGCCCCAACUCCACCGGCGUCUGCGAGGCGCUCAAACCGGGCAACGGCAGGAAGUUCUACAAGGACUACAUCCUCAAGGUCAAGUUUGAUGCGCCGUUCCGUCCGGCCGACACGGAGAACAUGGUCCGCUUCGACGGCUUCGGGGACAGCCUCGGCCGCUACAACAUCUUCCACUACCACAAGGAGGGCGCCCGCUACGUCUACCGCAAGGUGGGCUACUGGGCCGAGAGCCUCACCCUGGACACCCACCUGAUCCCCUGGGCCGGCCGGGCCGCGCCCACCUCCCAGUGCAGCGACCCCUGCAGGAAGAACGAGGUGAAGAGCAUGCAGCCGGGCGACGUGUGCUGCUGGAUCUGCAUCCCGUGCCAGGCCUACCAGUUCCUCCGCGACGAGUUCACCUGCGCCGACUGCAGCUUCGGCCAGUGGCCGCUGGCCAACCUGAGCGGCUGCUACGACCUGCCCGAGGAGUACAUCCGCUGGGAGGACGCCUGGGCCGUGGGGCCCGUGGCCAUCUCCUGCCUGGGCAUCGUGUGCACCCUGUCGGUGGUGGGCCUGUUCCUCAAGCACAACGAGACCCCCGUGGUGAAGGCCAGCGGGCGGGAGCUGUCCUACAUCCUGCUGCUGGGGGUGCUGAUGUGCUACAGCAUGACCUUCAUCUACAUCGGCAAGCCGUCGGCCGCCGUGUGCACGCUGCGCCGCCUGGGCCUGGGCACCUCCUUCGCCGUGUGCUACUCGGCGCUGCUCACCAAGACCAACCGCAUCGCCCGCAUCUUCAGCGGCGCCACGGACGGCGCGCAGCGGCCGCGGUUCAUCAGCCCCGCCUCCCAGGUGGCCAUCUGCGGGGGCCUGAUCUCCUGCCAGCUGCUGGUGGUCCUGCUCUGGCUGCUGGUGGAGACGCCGGGCGUUAGGAAGGAGGUGAGCCCCGAGAGGAGGGACGUGGUCACCCUCAAGUGCAACAGCAGGGACUCCAGCAUGCUGCUGUCACUCACCUACAACUGCGUGCUCAUCGUCCUGUGCACCGUCUACGCCUUCAAGACCCGCAAGUGUCCGGAGAACUUCAACGAGGCCAAGUUCAUCGGCUUCACCAUGUACACCACCUGCAUCAUCUGGCUGGCCUUCCAGCCCAUCUUCUACGUCACGGCCAGCGACUACAGGGUGCAGACCACCACCAUGUGCAUCUCGGUCAGCCUGAGCGGCUCGGUGGUGCUGGGCUGUCUCUUCGCCCCCAAGGUGCACAUCAUCCUGUUCCAGCCCCAGAAGAAUGUCAGCAGCCUGCGGGGGGCCAGCACCCGCCACAGCCUCCCCCCCGGCCCCGGCUCCAGCUUCUCCCAAGGGUCCGCAGCCAACGUGGUCCCGACGGUCUGCAAUGGCCGUGAGGUGGUGGACUCCACGACGUCGUCCUUGUGA